AUGGGGGCGGCGCCAUCUGCCCGCCUGGCCCCCGUCCAGCGGCAGUCAGGUCCUCGUCUGGGCAUCGAUGAGCAGGAGGUUUGCAGCAUACCUCGACGACACUUGACACCCUCCCCGGAGACACAUCUCGUUGUCGCCGACAAUCCAGACCACAGGCUCGCCGCUAAUGCAAGGCACAUCCAACCAGAAUCCACUGAGCUCACAUCAAAUCUUUUGAACUUUCCAGAACGACUCCAACACAGAGAACCCAGCCGAGAACAUGGUCCGGCCUGCUGUCAGCUGUGGCCUCGGGGUAUUCUUGCAGCUCUGCGAAUUUGCCUUCUUGUCGCCUCACCCGCCUACCCGCCCUUUUCUUCUUUGGUGCGCCAAGUCGGUUCUUUUCCGCUUCUUGGCUUUCGUGGCCAACACACCACAACCCUAUUUUGCCCGAAUUACUACACACCCUCCUUUGCUCGCUUGUCCGAGAUGGCUUGCAUGCACAGCAGGCGAGACGCAAAGGAAGGAGAGUGA